CUGGCUACUAGCUCACUUAAAUAUUUUCUUGUUCCACAAAAACCAUGUCCAUCCACCCCUCUAUGAAUUUGUGGUAAUUUCUUUACCCUCCUUCGUAGCAGACAGACAGCUACAGACAUCGUUUAUUAAAAUUGUUUACGAAACAUGGACAAGGUCCAAAAGACAAAGAGGAAAUUUCUGACUCGUCUAUCCCAUGAUGAAAAGAACAGAACAGUUUUUUAUUUUCUUUUACAAAUAAUAUUUUACAUAAACACACUGUCGGCAAAUAGCUUAGCUAGUCUAGGCCGACAGUGUGAAGGACGUUAGAUUUCAUGUAGUAAAGUAAGAAAAAUUGGGAGGAUUAUUGUUGAAUAUUGAGUAUCGUAUAUAUGUCAGCAUAACUGUCCUCAGUCUCAAGCAUUUGAAAAAGCAUUGAUUGGACUUCUUUUUUAAAUUUAUAUUUUGGCGAUUUCCUGAUGUUGGUGUUCAGGCUUUAGGUAUUGGUCAAGUUUUAUUUGCCCAAAGUGACAUAACACAAUAUUUCGUAAUUAAAAGGCGCAGAUCGCAUCAAUGUUUGCUUUGUUUACGACAGCUGUGUGCAACUUGGUUGGAUCACAUUUCUGGUCAGUCUUAUACAAAGGACGUGGGUAACAGGGGAGCCUGAGACCUUUGCACCUGUUACAAGAAGACGCACGGACAUCCACAGGGAUUUAAAAACAGAGUAAAGCACUUGGGAGUCAGUAUUAUAAAACAGUAGCACAUAAAAAGGGAAUAAAAGAAGAGAACCAAGCCAUGCCCUGGUAUAAUGGCCAUUUGGUUACCAUGGUGUUUAUGCUGGCGUCAGUUGCUAUGGUCCACGGCAUUAUAGAAGCUUCCCGCCUAGAAAACUCAGACAGUUUCGAUGCAAACUUCACUGCAGCUCCCGGUAACCUAAUCUCGCAAAAACUACCGAAUCUAAGCACUUUUACUGGAUGCUGGUGGAUGAAGCAGACUGUUCCUGUGUUUGGGGUGUUUUCGCACCCCAUCCUGUCAAUCUCGACACUGGACGCAACAAAUGCACUUGUUUUCGUCAGUUUGGGGGGAAGCGAAGAUAACGCUGGAGUUUUACUGGAGUAUAAAACAAGGAACAGUGGCUUGAUAAGGUUUAAUACCAAAGAUAACCGAUGGCAUCACGUGUGCAUUGCGUUUAACACCGGCACGAGAGAAAUGACCGCCUAUACUGACGGGGAGAGUCUGAAGUCUGCUAUUAUACAAACCGGACCUAAAGAAAUGGUAUUGGAAGGUGGAUGUCUCGUCGUUGGAUGGCGACAAAGCUCCUACUGCACAGUUCCCGUAAAACCCAGCUUCGACCAAGCGUAUACUGGCAUGCUCAGCAUGUUGAACAUCUGGGGCAGGCUUCUUGGCGCGGCGGAAGUACGGGACGUCUACCGGGGAUGCACUGGUUACCAUGGAGACGUAUUCUCGUGGGACUGGCCCGCGAUAAAGGGUGACUUUCAUAAGACAAAUAUAACUACACCUACAUCUGCCUGCCACUCGCAAUACUCAUCCGCUAUAUUUGUCUCCUAUCAAGGGGAAGUCCUCCAUGGUCACACGAUUAAGGCGUUCCAGGCUCAAGAUGUUUUUAGCUGCACGCAGGCAUGUAUGCAGGACAACAAGUGCAAAUCAAUCAACUUGCUUCGAAGGUCUAAUGAUUAUAUUUGUGAACUGAACAGCAAGCAUGUUGAAUCAAAGGGCAGCUUCGUGAGUGCCCAGGAAGGUGAAUACUAUUACAAAUCCAAGUUCUGGAAUGGAUAAUAGUUCUGACAAAGGAUAUUUUCACCACAGCUUUAGGCUUCUAGAAUAUUUUAUUUUCAAAAGCCUUAACAGAAGCACUUGUGGCAAUAGCUAUGAGGGCUGAUCUGUAAAACACAAUCCUAUUAUGGCCAUGAACUUUUUUUUUAUUGUUCCAGAGCCUAGCUAGCUUGGGAUUGCCUACUUAGCAGUCUAGUCCCUUUCUUAUAAUUUUUUUUUUUUUUUUUUUUUUGGGGGGGGCUGUAUAAUUAUAUUCCAUCUAUUACUUUUAUGUCAAAAAUACACAAUGUAAAUACUCUA